AUGUCCACCACCAACAACCCCCCCUCCUUCACAACAGCCCUCCUAGCAGGCGGAAUCGCAGGCACAACAGUAGACCUAACCCUCUUCCCCCUCGACACCCUCAAAACCCGCCUCCAAUCCUCCGCAGGCUUCUUCCCCUCAGGCGGCUUCACCGGAAUCUACCGCGGCAUCGGCUCCGCCGUCGUCGGCUCAGCACCCGGCGCCGCCUUCUUCUUCUGCACCUACGAGGGUUCCAAAUCCUUUAUAAACUCCCGGCUCCUCGCCCUCUCCGGCUCCUCUUCUUCUUCCUCUGCUUCAGGCUCAUCAUCAUCACCAAAACCAGCCUGGAUCGACCCAGCAACCCACAUGCUCGCCGCCUCCCUAGGCGAAAUCGCCGCCUGCGCAAUCCGCGUCCCCACCGAAGUCGUAAAACAGCGCGCCCAAGCAGGCCAGCACGGCGGCUCCUCCCUCCUCGCCUUCCGCUCCAUCCUCUCCCAAUACUCCUCCCCGGGCGGCGGCGCAUCCGCCGUCUGGCGCGAGCUCUACCGCGGCUGGUCCAUCACCGUCCUCCGCGAGGUCCCCUUCACCAUAAUCCAGUUCCCCCUCUGGGAACGCCUCAAGCGCUGGGGCCGCGAGCGCAAACAGGCCAAAAACUACAAACUCGACAUUGACCCGCAGACCGGCGCCAACACGCAGAAACAGACAGAAUACGAGGUCAGCGCCGUCGAGAGCGCGCUGUACGGUAGCGUUGCCGGUGCCGCGGCCGCGGGUAUCACGACGCCGCUUGACGUCCUCAAGACAAGGGUGAUGCUGAGCCAGCAAAAGGAGAAGAUUGGUGAUAUUUUGCGUACGAUUUACAAGGAGCACGGCAUCCGGCCCUUCUUUGCGGGUAUCGGGCCGAGGGUCAUGUGGAUCAGCAUCGGGGGAUCCAUUUUCCUCGGCAGUUAUCAGUUUGCGUCAAAUACAUUGACCGGCGCCGUGAUAUAA